UAUUAUGUUCCCCCAGACUGGGACCACGUUAAAGCCACGUUUACUAACCUAGCUGGCUGAUCUAAUAUUAAACCCACGUUUACUAACCUAGCUGGCUGAUCUAAUAUUUCGGGCGCUUUGUUCGUCCGCUGGAGGCUUGUUCUCUUAUUAACACGUUCGCUUCUCCGCCGUGUCUUAUAAACACGCAGCUCCAAGAUGACAGCGGGCAGCGCUGGAGGAGAUCUGAUAAAUGGAAAGCUUUUACAGCCUUGUGACAGUGACAUUGGGAGCUGGAUGGCAAAAGCGUUUGAUCUGGCAAAAGAUGCUCUUGAAAACGGUGAAGUACCCGUUGGAUGUCUCAUGGUGUACAACAACGAGGUUUUAGGAAAAGGAAGAAAUGAAGUAAAUGAAUCCAAAAACGCCACACGGCAUGCUGAGAUGGCUGCACUGGACCAGGUGCUGGACUGGUGCCGUGCCCAACAGUUGGAUGCCGCAGGGGUCUGGGAGCACAUGGUCGUGUAUGUGACAGUGGAGCCCUGUGUGAUGUGUGCAGCUGCGCUGCGGCUGCUGCAUGUACCACUCGUCGUGUUUGGGUGUAAGAAUGAACGGUUUGGAGGCUGCGGUUCAGUGUUGGACAUAUCCACAGCUGAUCUGCCACACACUGGAACAUCCUUCAAGUGUAUUCGAGGACACCGAGCAGAAGAAGCUGUGGAAAUGCUCAAAAUAUUUUACAAGCAGGAGAAUCCAAAUGCUCCAAAGCCUAACGUGAGGAAAUGUGAAGCCUCACCAGAAGGGGGCUCUGUUGUCAUACAGAAACAAUCCCCAGAGGAAGACGGACUUAAAAUGGCCACUUCAGAUUGAAGGGGGAAAAACAACCACUUUCUCUGUAACUGAAGUCAAGCUGACAGACUAAACCAAUAUUCAGGUUGCUGUGAUGUUUGAUUUCGUUGCCUCUCAAAAAUCUAAUGAUUCUUCCAGUGGGUUUUUUUUUAGGUUUUUUUGCACUGGGCUCUAACUUUAUGCAGGUUUUAGUCGAGGCCAUGUAACGUCAUUGGUCACACUUGUCAUAUAUGAUAAGCAGAUGUCUAGGCCUUCCCUUCACCGUGGCCUUCCAGGGCAAUGGCAAGGCUAGCUGCUAGAUGUUUGUUUGACGCAGACACAGGGGGUGGGCCUGCAUUCCUCUCCAGCCUGUCCACCACAUGUCCUCACGUAACCCAGCUCCAGUGCUGUGUCUGAGCUCAUCACUUCUGCUGUGGGAGCAGGUGUUCGGCCUUGGUUGGGGGGAUUCCCCCUUCCUGCUGUGGCUGGUUGAUGAGUUCUGUCAUGGCCUUUAAAUGCUUUGGUAAUGUGUUCAUAAAGCUGUAAGUCUGUGUUUCUUAAUAUAGAUCCUGGCCUACCUUUGCCUUACACAGAUUUACAUGCAAAUAACCUGAUAUAAUUACCAAGCCCUUUGCUAGCUUAUAGUGGGUGUGUUAGAGGAACUCUAAAACAGGCAGGUUAGGGGCAAACGAGGACUUGAGAAACAGUCCUAUGUGCUGAUCAUAAGGACUAAAGCAGACUCAGUAUGGUGGUGUUGGCGUGUUUCUGGGCGAUAAUUCACAUGGUGCAAUAAGAAAUAGACGGACACGUACUAAUUGGCUGACCAGGUGAUCUGGUCGAGGCUAUACCCCAUGGCUGGGCCAGAAACCUGCCGCUAUUGUGCCCAGGAGUGAGUCAGCAGGAAGAAGGAACACAGCGUCAAAACAAACCGAAUCUGUCCGUGCUGCUCCAGCUCCCUGCACUCGGCCAGUUUGGGCCAUAAGUAAAAGUGUUUGCAUGAAUCUGAAAUGUGCAGGUUUAGAUACUUUUGUACUGUAUAAAGAAAAACCUAAUUACAGACUUUUAAGCUUGGCACAUUAAAAAAAGAACAAAUAUUUUGAACCAAAUGACUUCAUUAAUGACUAAUAUCAAUGAUUUAUAAUAUCAUUGAAAAUAAAUUUCAGUAAACUAA